AGGAGAGUAAAUGGUGCGGAGGAAAACUCUCAAUUUGCAAUGCUAUCGACCGGUUAAACCUGUUCCGUAGUGCUCUAUAGAUUGCCGCAAAUAAAUAAAUAUCGUAUACGAGACGGAAAUUUCAUUCAUUCAGUGCUUUUUAGCAUCGGGAACUAGAAUGAUCAGAACCACUGCAUGUCUGUACGUGUCAUUGUUAUUGAUCUGUCUGUCUAUCGAAAGGAAUGAUGGCGCCACAAAAGUGCUCUACGAAUUUCACAUUCGUGAGAGCACAGGCAAUCGGGAGGAAAAGGGCGAGCUCAAAGGUAACUCAACAUCCGGUGAAAAUGAAUCCCGGGCGGAACCCGAACUGAUCAUCACAGGUAAACGCACUUCCUCUGUGAUUCUGCCCGGCUGUGAUCCCACCACUGGGGACUAUGUCUACAAGGAGGAUGCCACCUAUAAGGCGGAUAACAGCGGCUACCAUGUCAAGUACAAUUUCAGCAUAGAACCCCUCGAGCUAGGCACACGUCUCAAUGCGAAAACACUCAAAGUAUCCGUCGGUUAGCCCAUGGAUUAGCAUUAGAAGAACAUG